AUGUUACUUUUACGAAAUUUUAUCCUUAUUCUAGUCGCGACACUGGUUAGUUGCCACAUUGAACCGCUUGUUCUAGUCCAUGGGGGCGCAGACGUUGUUCAGAAUCUAAGGGUGGAGAAGCGCAAAGAAGGGGUGAAAAACGCGGCAAUGGGGGGCUAUAAGAUACUAAAAAAGGGCGGAAACGUCGUAGAUGCGGUUGAGGAAGCUGUCAGAAUUUUGGAAGAGGAUGUUAAUUUUAACGCUGGUUACGGCUCUUCGUUAAACAGCGAGGGUGAAAUUGAAAUGGAUGCAUGUAUUAUGGUCGGCUCAAAUUUGACUUCUGGGGGAGUCACUGUUGUUAAAAACGUGGCUCAUCCUAUUAGUUUGGCGCGUCUUGUUAUGGAAAAAUCGCCUCAUUUUCUCCUCGCCGGCGAAGGGGCGAAGAAAUUCGCCAAAGAGAAUAAUGUCCCUCUGAUUCCGCUGGCUUCUCUAAUGGCCGAACAUACGAAAGAAGAACUCGAGGAGUACCGAAAAAAUCAACGUAAACGAGAGUUGGAAAUUGGCGGUUGUGGCGGCGUGGGGGCUAUCGCUGUCGACGCUCAAGGGCGCGUCGCGGCGGCGUCGUCCACUGGGGGAAGACUUGCAAGGGCGCCAGGACGCUGCAGCGACAGUGCCAUUGUAGGUGCUGGACUUUACGCUGAUAAUGAUGUAGGCGCUGCAGUAGUGACAGGAACGGGUGAAAGCAUCGCCCGUUAUGUGUUGGCGCAUGAAAUAAUUAAUUUAAUGUCGAGGGGGUUUGAUGCGGGGGUUGCGACCAGAAAUGCAGUCAAAGGGAUAACGGAGAGAUUUCAUCAACCAACUGGAGCUAUCACCGUCUCCAAAAACGGUCAAGUCGGGAUCAGCUUUACGACCGAUAAGAUGGCAUGGGCCUACCAAGUGCGAGAUGACGUUCAUUACGGUCUAGACGACUACGAUCAUUUCAGCGAAAAAAUAAAACUCUAGCAUAAACAAGCAAUAAACGCGAUUUUUAUUUAUUUAUUA